AUGAGUGUGCUUAUCCCCGAUUCGUGCAAACCCGGUUCUCCUCUGCUCUCCCCCCCCGCGCAGGAGCAGAGCCCGAGUAACGCCACGUCCCUCGCCAUGAUGCAGGAGCCCCAGGAGGUGGUGGAGGAGACGGUCACCAUAGAGGAGGACCCCGGCACCCCCACCUCCCACGUGUCGGUGGUCACGUCUGACGACGGAACCACGCGGCGCACAGAAACCAAGGAUAUGUCAACUAAUGUGAAGGUCACUAAGAUGGUGAAGACGGUCACCACCCGUACGGUGCGCCAGGUACCCCUGGGCCCCGACGGCCUGCCCCUGCCCGAGGGCUCGUCCCCGCUGGGCAGCUACACCGACUCCAUCGACCGCCGGUACCUGAAGAACGGAAGCGACCGCUUCAUCACGCCCCAGGCCACCUCCACCCUGACGCGCUCCUACAACAACUCCUACAACGACUCGUACGGCGAGGCGCCGGAGAGCCAGUACGCCCGCCACUACGGCCUGCACGACGGCUACGCCGACCUGGCCGACAGCUACGGCAGCCUGUCGCGCGGCGUCAACUUCCGCCCGCCGCGCUACCCCUACGCGCCCAACAGCUACCGGCCCGAGAACAGCUACACGCUGCCCAUCCGCAAGGACGACUACGGCCACGUGGCGCAGCCCCAGGUGCCCAUGGGCAGCAGCACGGCGGACCUGAACCGCUCGCAGCCCGAGCGCUUCCAGCCCGAGCCCUACGGCCUGGAGGACGACCGCCGCAGCCUGGGCCCCGAGGAGGAGGAGCCCUACGAGCUGGAGCCCGACUACUCCACCGCCAGCCGCCGCACGCUGCCGGGGGCCAGCCGGGGCCGAGCCCACCGGGAACCCGUUCGCGACGUGCCCCGUGUCAGAGGGUACCCAGAUGACCCCAUUGAGGCCGAGCUGAUCGAUGAGCGCCAUCCUUACAUCCACGGCAUGUACUCGGCCCCUCUGGCUCAGCCCGAGAGGGGCAGCAUGGCCAGCCUGGACCGAAUGGGGGGCAGGCGCUCGCCCUCCAUCGACAGCAUUCGCAAGGACCCGCGCUGGCGGGACCCCGAUCUCCCCGAGGUCAUCGCCAUGCUCGGCCACCCCAUCGACCCGGUCAAGUCUAACGCGGCCGCCUAUCUCCAGCACCUGUGCUACGAGAACGACAAGAUCAAGAAGGACGUGCGCCAGCUGAAGGGGAUUCCCGUCCUGGUGGGGCUUCUGGAUCACCCCAAAUCCGAGGUCCACCGCAAGGCGUGCGGCGCCCUGCGCAACAUCUCCUACGGCAAGGACAACGACAACAAGGUGGCCAUCAAGAACUGCGACGGCAUUCCGGGCCUCAUCCGGCUGCUGCGGAAGACCAACGACAUGGAAGUCCGGGAACUAAUCACAGGAACCCUGUGGAAUCUGUCAUCGUAUGAGCCCCUGAAGAUGGUGAUCAUCAACCACGGCCUGCAGACCAUGACCAACGAGGUCAUCAUCCCACACUCGGGCUGGGAGCACGAACCCAACGAAGACUCCAAGCCCCGCGAUGCCGAAUGGACCACCGUCUUCAAAAACACCUCGGGCUGCCUCAGAAACGUGAGCUCGGACGGGGCAGAGGCGCGGCGCAGACUGAGGGAAUGCGAGGGAUUGGUGGACGCCCUGCUGCACGCCCUGCAGUCAGCCGUAGGAAAGAAAGACAUGGACAACAAGUCUGUUGAGAACUGCGUUUGCAUCAUGAGGAACCUCUCCUACCACGUUCACAAAGAGGUCCCGGGAGCUGAAAGGUUCCAGGACCCGUCCACGCUGCAGGCUCCCGGAUCAGCGGGACCACAGAGAAAGAAGAAGGAUGACGCCGGGUGCUUCGGAGGCAAAAAGGCCAAAGAGGAAUGGUUUAAUCAAGGCCGAAAGAAUGGUGAGAACGAUAAAAACUACGACACAUUGGAUCUGCCCAAACGCACAGAACCAUCAAAAGGUAGGCAGGGCCGAGCACGGCUCUGUUAG